UACAUGCGGUUGUUAUAUGCUGGUAUAUAUAGAGCGGAGUGCUUCGGUUCUUCGCGUCUUUUGAAGUGUCUACUAUUCUUCCUCCCCCACAAUCAGCUCAUUACCUCAUCGUGGCUGCAUCUUCUCUCUUCUUCAUCAGCUCGGUAUCUUUGUUGCUCCUCAGGUUUUAGGCUCGAUCUCUCACAGUUAGCCGAUAUCUACCCGUAUACCCAGGUGGUCAGAUCUUUAACCUAAAAUCCAAAUUUGGAAAUUUAUUGCGACAUCAAAAAGAAAAUACAACGGAAGGAAAGAACCAUGUCAGCUCCUAUCCUACUGGACGCAACACCUCCGUUCACAUCGCCAUCGUUCACGGCAGACCAAUGGCGCACCUUUUUCUCGAUCACGGAGAUCAUCAUUCCCGCCACUCCGUCCCCCGACUCUUCGGACCCCGUCGUAUCCAAGUUCGCGGCCUGCUCGGCCAGUGCUAAUCACGUGGCCUUCCGCCAUGGCAUCGAGCAGCUCUUCGAGAAUCGGGUGCCAGCCGGUGUAAAGGAAGGAUUCCGAUCGGUUCUCAACAUGCUCAACUCGAAGGCCGGGUGUCUGCUUCUCACGAGUGGGGCAACGCCUUUUCACCAGCUGUCUGCCGAAGACCGCGAGACUAACCUCAAACGAUGGAUCUCGACCGAUUCCUACCUCCUCUUCCCGCCGAUCCGGAACUUCACCGUCGGCAUCACCCAGUACACAAAGAUGAUGUGGUUCCGGAAAGCCACCGACGAGAUCUACCCCGCGAUCGAUUUUCUCGGUUCCGACACUGCGACAGUCGCUGCCUGGGCUCAGAACGAUGAUUGGAAGCAGCACACGCCGGAACCGCUGAAGGGAGAAGAGGGGGGUUUCUACAAUGCGUUUGAUUUCAUCAAGAUCGACGGACCGACCGAGCUCGAAGUGGACGUGGUGAUCGUUGGUUCGGGCUGCGGAGGUGCCGUUGCCGCGAAAACGAUCGCGGAAGCGGGGCUGAAGGUCAUCGUCGUCGAAAAGGGACCUUGGGUGCCAAAUGAUAAACUUCCUCUCCACGAGGACGUAGCGGGCGAGACUAUAUUCGAGGGUGGGCUUGCAGCGACCACCGACGAUGGGAGUGUUGUUUUGCUGGCGGGCUCCCUGCUCGGAGGUGGUGGCGCCGUCAACUGGAGUGCUUCCCUCCACACUCCACACUACGUUCGAAAAGCCUGGGCGGAGGAUAUGCACCUUCCGUAUUUCCAGACGCCGGACUUCCAACGCCAUCUCGAUGCCGUCUGCAAGCGCAUGGGCGUGUCAACUCCCACCAGCCACAACCACCGAAACGCAGCACUCCUCUCCGGUGCCCGGAAACUCGGGUAUACGGCUGCAGCCGUCCCCCAGAACGCGACAGUGGAUCACCAGGACCCAUUCUGCUCGUACGGGUGCGGAUGCCCGCCACACGCGAGGAAAAUGGGCACGGUCAACAGUUUCCUGCCUGACGCUUCUCGUGCGGGAGCGAGGUUCAUCACCGAGUUCAAGUGCGAGUCGCUGCUGUACUCGCACGAGCACCCCGAGCGCGUCGUCGGCAUCUCAGGAAUCUACGGCAAGGGUGAAAUACCGGUUGUGAUCCGAGCGCGGGAAACGGUGGUCUCGGCGGGAUCCCUCUACACUCCCGCAUUACUCCUAAACUCGGGCCUCACCUCGCCUCAGAUCGGCGCAAACCUGCAUCUGCAUCCCGCCGUAAUGAUGUAUGCCUACUACCCCGAAAAGAGGUAUCCCCUCGUCGGAGCUUCCCUCACCAGUAUUGUCUCGUCGUUCGAGGACCUCGAUGGUCACGGCCACGGUGUGCGACUGGAAACUCCCAUCAUGGGUCUCGCAUUAGCCCUGUCGGGGCUACCCUGGUUGGGCGGCGAGGAGUGGAAACAGGAUCUCCUCAACUACCCGCGGCUGGAUGGCUACCUCGGGAUCAUCCGGGAAGAGCAGACCGGGCGCGUCUACGUCGACGAGAUGGGCCGGCCCCGGAUGGCAUACUCCCUCGGCGCCAAGGAGCGCGAGUGGAUGCUGGUCGGCAUCGAAGCCAUCGCCAAGAUCGCGCUCACCGAGGGCGCAGAAAAGAUCUAUGCGCCCAUCAAUGGCUUCCCCGCGUUCGUCAAGCAGGGCAAGUGCGAAAUGGGCAUCAUGGACCCCCACUUCCAGAACUGGCUCAAGAAGCUUAGGGACACGAAGUUGGCUAGCCCUAAUGCUAUCUUUGCCAGUGCCCAUCAGAUGAGCAGUUGUCGCAUGGGCGCCACGCCACAGGAUGGCGCCGUCGAUAUCGAUGGAAAGAUUUGGGGACAUGAGGGCGUCGUCGUCGCGGAUGCGAGUAUCCUGCCGACCGCGAGUGGCGCUAAUCCUAUGGUUACCACUAUGGCGGUGUCGCGACAUGUCGCGGAGGGAGUGGUGGAAAGGUUGACGGGGAAGAAGAAUGCGGCGAAUGGGUUCUGAUGUGUACCAUGAUUAUACGCGGGGGUUUGAUUUGGUUUCUUAUUUGGUUUCUUAUUUGUAACGAGGCGAAUGAUAUUUCAUGACAUGCACUGAGCUGGGCCGGUUUCUGCUCGGCGAUUCUUCGCAACACGUUGCUAUAAAGGCAAGAGCGAUAGCAGAAGGUUUAUUAUACACGUGUGUAUGCUCCAGAGGUGCCGAAAUACCCAUACCUCAGGUAUGUAGCCUUCCGGG